AUGGGGCUGACGACAAGGAUGAACGGUGCGUGUCUGCUGCUGUGCGCUCUCACCUAUCUGCCUCCACGCGCACACUCGCACCCGCAGCCGUGCCAGGUGCUCAAGAGGAUCGGCCACACGGUCCGACUCGGGGCUCUGCACGUGCAACCGCGGCUCUUCGCCCCCUCUGCCGCGUCCGAGCAGUGGGACGACAGGCAGGUCAGGACUAGUGCCAGUGCGCCUGGCUCUGCCAAUCUCAGGACUAGAGGCACCAACAGGAACAAGAACCAAGCGCGCCAACGGGAGGACAACAGCCCGAGGGAGAACCGCGUGUUCUCACCAAGGGACUCGGUUCUGCUCGCGGUGGAGGCUGUGAACCGGGCCGGGGUUUUGCCCUAUAACCUGACCAUGGAGAUGGUUCUGGCAGUGGGCUCUGGACUCGGAGAACUGCCCGCCUUUUCCUUCGCCUCCUCGGAUUCAUCUGCCACCCCAGACACGGAGGAGGACCCGCUGUCCUUCGUGGAAAGUGUCUGUCACACUGUGGUGGUUCAGGGGGUCUUGGCCAUGAUCGCUUUCCCGCGCAACAGGGACGAGUUUGUAAAGUUGGAGUUCGUGUCGAGCGCGCUGCAGGUGCCCGUGGUCAGCGUGGUGCAGCGGGAGUUCACGCGCUUCAGUCAGAACCCUCUCCAUUUCCAAGUGGCCAUGCGUACAUUCGAGGCCCCCCCCUCGCGCCUGCUCUACUCCCUGCUCAUGAUGAACGGCUGGUGGGACAUCAGCGUGCUUCUCUGCCAGGACUGGAACAUCCGCGACUUCCUCCUCCUCAUCAAGAACAACACGCGAUUCCAUCUGGGCACGUUGGUCAACCUCACCACCACCACUUUGGGCUUGUCCUCACUAUCGCCAUCUGGUGGAGCAGAGCAGCCAUCGUCUCUAUCGUCUGUGCCAUAUUUUGUUUCGUCUGCUGCUGCUGCUGCUGCUGCUGCUUCUUCUGCUACCACUUCCACUGCUUCACCUCUUAAGUCAGACCCGCAGCAAGUCGUCAUGAAACUACUGGAUGCGCUGAGAGAGACGUCGACCACAAUGGCAGUGGUAACUUUCGGUUGCGAUAUCAGGGAAGUACGGAGAAUUUGGACGAUCGCGACGAAGAUGAUGCUCCCAGACUACCACUGGGUGCUGGGGGACAGUCAGAAUGUGGCGGAGCUAAGGACGGAGGGGUUGCCAUUGGGAUUAUUAGCUCACGGGGUCAUGGGGUCACCCACUUUGGAUCAUUACGUACAGGAUUCGCUGGAGGUGGUAGCGAGGGCGGUUGGAAGCGCAGCCAUGCAAAAUCCCGCCUUGGCGCUUAUACCUGGAACUACGAACUGUAUGGAUGUACGGCAAGCGAGCAAUGGGAGUUCGGGGGAGUACUUGUCAAGAUUCAUCUCCAACACCACAUUCGAAGGCCAGAGCGGUCUUAUCUCCAAAGAGCCCGGGACACAGAACAUCCAGUCGGAGGCACAUCACUACAUCUGGUCUCUGCAGCUGGACCCUCUGGGACAGCCCACGUGGACACGACUGGGGCGCUGGCGGAGGGGCCGAGUCCUCAAGGACCAAGGGGCAUGGCCCGGACACCACGGCUCAGGGGGAGGGGGGGACUGGAGGAGGUCCACCCGGCUGCACAUGCGGGUGGUCACUCUGGUGGAACACCCGUUUGUCUUCACCCGGGAGGUGGACGGGGACGGCCAGUGUCCCGCGGGCCAGCUGUGCCUUGACCCACUCACCAAUGAAUCCUCAGUUCUGGAAGGCCUUUUUCAAAACCUGGCCGGACCUAACGGAUCUGUACCGACAGAGCUGAAAAAAUGCUGCUAUGGAUAUUGUAUUGAUUUGUUGGAGAAGCUGGCAGAAGACAUGGGCUUCACCUUUGACCUCUAUAUUGUGGGUGAUGGGAAGUAUGGAGGAUUCAAAAAUGGCCGCUGGACAGGGCUGGUGGGGGAUCUUCUGAGUGGAGCUGCUCACCUGGCUGUGACCUCCUUCAGCAUUAAUUCAGCCAGGAGCCAGGUCAUAGACUUCACCUCACCCUUCUUCUCCACCAGUUUGGGAAUUCUGGUCCGUACGAGGGAUACAGCUGCCCCCAUCGGCGCCUUCAUGUGGCCUCUGCACUGGUCCAUGUGGUUGGGCAUCUUCGUCUCUCUGCAUGUCACCGCAGUCUUCCUCACCCUCUAUGAGUGGCACAGUCCGUUCGGUAUGACGCCUCGAGGACGUAACCGAGACAAAGUCUUCUCCUUCUCCUCCGCACUCAACGUGUGCUAUGCCAUAUUGUUUGGGCGCACUGUGGCCAUCAAGACCCCAAAGUGCUGGACUGGUCGACUGCUGAUGAAUCUAUGGGCCAUCUUCUGCCUGUUCUGCCUGUCCACAUACACAGCGAACCUGGCCGCUGUGAUGGUGGGAGAGAAGACCUACGAGCAGCUGUCAGGGAUACACGACCCAAAGUUGCACCAUCCCUCUCAGGGCUUCAGGUUCGCCACAGUGAGAGAGAGCAGCGCUGAAGACUACGUCAAAAAGAGCUUCCCCGAGAUGCACGAGUACAUGAGGAGAUACAAUGUGCCAGCCACUCCAGACGGCAUCCACAACCUCAAGGCCGAUCCGCAGAAGCUGGACGCAUUCAUCAUGGACAAGGCCCUUUUAGACUACGAAGUGUCCAUCGACGCGGACUGCAAAACGCUAACAGUUGGAAAGCCAUUUGCCAUCGAAGGUUAUGGCAUCGGCCUGCCACAGAACUCUCCUCUCACCUCCAACAUCUCGGAGCUGGUGAGCCAGUACAAGUCGGACGGCUUCAUGGACAUGUUGCAUGACAAAUGGUACAAGGUGGUGCCCUGUGGAAAACGGAGCUUUGCAGUCACUGAGACGCUGCAGAUGGGGAUAAAGCACUUCUCGGGCCUGUUUGUGAUGCUGUGUGUGGGCGUGGCCUUAUCUCUCCUCACCACCAUUGCAGAGCACAUCGUCUACAAGCUGGUCAUACCCCGGGUCAAGGAGCCACGCUUCAAGUACUGGCUGCAUACAAGUCAGAGACUACACCGUGCCCUAAACUCAGUUUUCACGGAUGACAAACUACCAACUGUUACCAAACCAGAGAAAAGGUGCAACGAAGGAAACAACCAGUCUGCAUGCUGGAACGCCACAGACUCCUCCUCCCACUGCAACCGGCGCAGGGUCCUCCCAGAGGUGCAGAACGACCUGGAACGGCCAUCUUCCCAGGACCUAUCCGCCCCCCUGCCCCCCUCCCCUCACCCGCACUCUCUCCCUUUGCUGGAAAAGCACCUGCCCAUCGUCACCACCUCCAACGGCCGCUCCGACCUGCUGGGACGCCUGGUGGCCGGGCAGGGGGGCACGUGUCCGGGCAUAACCCCGGCGCACUGCAGGGGAAUGGGGGAGUGCGGGCAGGGACUUGGGGGCGUGGGUCGGAAUCCGCUGGUUCAAGAGCUUUCGGAACUGGAGAGUCAAAUUCACAUGAUAAAACAGCAGCUACAGUCCGCUAUGAGAAGAAAACGGGAGUUAGAACAGUACCAAGCUGAACACCAGACUCCUUCCAAUCAGCCUACCGUGCACCAGGCCAACCAGUUUGCCUCGUACACCCAGUCGCACCAGCAGACUAAUCAACACACAAACACACUACCGGAGUUUUGA